GAACACCUUCAUCAUCUUUCACUGACAGCAUCAUGAAGACUAUCUGCUCUGUUCUGGGACUGCUGCUGCUCACCGCCUGCUGCUGCUAUGCCAUGCCUCAAUCACUGCAGUUCAACACAUCACCUGUAAACUGCUGCUUCAACUUUGCCGUACGCGGUAUACCAGUACAGCGUGUAUCCUACAUCACCAAGAGCCACAGCUCCUGUCUGAAGCCGGCGUUCAUAGUCCACACUAUCAAAGGCAGAGAGAUGUGCUACAGGCAGACUUUCCAGUGGGCUCUGAACAUGUACAAUAAACUCCAUAACACUGAGGGCAGUGGACAGCAGGCCUGA